AGUAAAAUAACGGAAUUCAGGAAAAGGAAAAAUAAAGAAAAUCCCAUCGUUGGUCUACCGCGCUUCUCUCUCACUCCUCUCUCUUUCAUCUUUUCUUCGGACUCCACCCAAGAUUCCUACGGCCAUGAACUGCCUUCAGAACCUUCCCAAAUCCCGUGCUCCCCCUUUACAUGCCAUGAAGAACCACUCAAGAAGACCUCCAAUUUUGAAUCUGGGGAUGGUUCGGGGUGGGCUUGGUGGAAGUAUCGGCAUGAAUGCAUUUUCUGUUUCUGCUUCCAGUACUGAGAAGAGUGAUGCCGAAGUGCAGGAUGAGAAAUCUGAAAUAUACAGCAAUAACAUGACACAGACAAUGGGUGCAGCGCUAACAUAUAGGCAUGAACUUGGAAUGAACUAUAAUUUUAUUCGUCCAGACUUGAUUGUUGGCUCGUGCCUACAGACCCCAUCAGAUGUUGACAAGCUUCGCAAGAUAGGAGUGAAAACCAUUUUCUGCUUGCAACAAGACUCAGACCUUGAAUAUUUUGGGGUUGAUAUUGGUGCCAUUCAAGAAUAUGCCAUGAAAUUUGAUGAUAUUGAGCACUAUCGUGCUGAAAUCAGGGAUUUUGAUGCAUUUGAUCUGAGGAUAAGGCUUCCUGCUGUAGUUAGCAAAUUACACAAGGCCAUAAACUGUAAUGGUGGUGUGACUUAUGUACAUUGCACUGCUGGUCUUGGAAGAGCUCCUGCCGUUGCGUUGGCAUACAUGUAUUGGAUUCAAGGCUAUAAACUUAGUGAAGCACAUCAGUUACUACUGAGUAAGCGACCGUGCUUCCCAAAACUGGAUGCCAUUAAGAGUGCAACUGCUGAUAUUCUUACAGGUCUAUCCAAGAACCGUGUCACUCUCAUGUGGGAAGGUGAUAACUGCUCCUUGGUAGAAGUAUCUGGACUUGAUAUUGGAUGGGGCCAGAGACUCCCUCUGAAAUUUGAUAAAGACCAAAGAUCAUGGAUUAUCGAGAGAGACUUACCUGAAGGACGCUAUGAAUACAAGUACAUAAUAGAUGGUGAAUGGACAUACAAUAAGUAUGAGUUGGUAACUAGACCAAAUGGUGAUGGCCAUGUGAACAAUUAUGUCCAUGUCGUUAGUGAUGACGCUACUGUGGAAACUAGAGAGCUACGAAAGCGUUUAACUGGUAAUGAUGCAGAUCUCACGAAGGAGGAAAGGCAAAUGAUCAGAGAGUAUUUAGAGUCAUAUAGCGAGUAGCAGAGCUAUGUAAUGUUGCAGAUCUCAGAUAUGGAUGGACACAUUUGGUUGGUGAUGGAAGUGAUCAUGGAAAAGAGGAACAGCAAAUCACAAUACGAAUUGGAGCACUCGACCUAUAUAGAGUGCUAAAGAUGAAUGCCAUGUUAUAUGUAUAUAACAACUGGUCAGAUAUGUAAAUCUUCAAUAUUGCAAGAUAAGUUCGUAAUGGUCUUACGCAUUUACUUCUCUUUUAUGGAUUCCUGAAUGCUCGAGGGCACAUUGAUCCAAAUAAUUGUAACAGAAUAAUCAGCCAGCGCCUCACUUUUGCCUCAAAUUUGCAAUUGUUAUUGACAAAUCCUUGCUGAGCUGAGAGUAUUGUGGUCGGUCCUUAAACAUGUUGAUGAGACUGUUAUCCAUCUUUGUACAGAAAAAACUAUAAUUCUGACGUUGGACUGGGCUUUUUGGUGUAA